UACGACAUCAGCCAAAGAAAUACCCAGCAAGUACAAAAUCUGAUCCAGGGAGCAGCUUUUGUGCAGAGGGAAAAUUUUGUUCCUACAGGUUUUUAAGGAGGUGCAUGGAAAAGCGAGAGAUCUGAUCUAUGCAGAUACAUUGCAAAUUCUCUCUGUCUGUAGAGAUUUUUUCUAAAAAAAAUUGGGGAAAUACAUGAACUUUGGAUUUUUCAAUUUUUUUCUUUUUUUCUUUUUUUUUUUUAAUUUGGAGAGGGGAAUUUUAUCCAGAGUUUUUUUUUCUCUCUCUUUUUUUUUUUUUUUUUCGGAGAACCAAAAAAUGUCAACUACCUUUCCAGGUCUCGUCCACGAUGCAGAGGUAUUUUGUGUGUGUGAGUGUGUGUGUGUGUGUGCGCGCGUGUGUGUGGAUGUGUGUGUGCGUGUGUGUGCAUAUGUGUGUGUGUAUGUGCCUGUGUGGUUGUUUCCAUUUUUUUUUUAAAUCCAUAUUGGACCGUUACAUUUAAUUAUAAUCCGGCUUCAGAGAUAACUUAAAGAAGUAUAGAGAGAAAAUUCGUUAUGACAUCUGUCGCCAGAAAGGGCAACUCAUUACCACGUUAAAACCGUUGCCAGAACGAAAAUCAGAAUAAUACCCCUAAUAAUAUAAUGAAGUGGAGAGAAAUCACCACCAGCUCGCCAGGAAUGGGGAGUUCUCACUAAAAAGCCGGACUCCCCUUUUCUUUCGAAACGCAGGAAAAGGAGGGGUGGGGGGGAAUUUUGGAUCUGAUUCGUUAUUUUAAAAAGAAAGAAAAAUAGGGGUUCAAAAAAAAAAAAAGAAGGGAAGGAAGGAAGAAAGGAAGGCAAGCAGGCGGCAAAGCUUUCUCAAUGUGUAACGCUGAAACAUAGGGACGGGACUUGUGUGUAUUCUCGGUAGUUUCCUCUGUUUGAUGACUUUUUGUGUGUCAGCCCCAGCUAUUACAGCUGUGAUCAGGAGGUGGAUGGAUAGACGGGUGGCUGGACAGAUAGAAAGAUAGAUAGUUUUUAUUUCAGUGCGUGAAUUCCUUUCGCUUGACGGUAUUAAGGGCAGGCUGGGCUGUUUAUGAUUUUUUGAACAGACCUUUAUGGCACCAGCCCAAGAUACGUCAUGACGGAUCAAACAGUUACCGUUUGAUGCAGCUUGGAUGCCUGGAGUCUGUGGCCAACUCGACCGUCGCCUAUUCCUCCUCAUCUCCUCUCACUUACUCUACCACGGGCACCGAGUUCGCCUCCCCGUACUUCUCCACUAACCACCAGUACACCCCACUGCACCACCAGUCCUUCCACUACGAGUUCCAACACAGCCACCCGGCAGUCAACCCCGACGCUUACUCCUUGAACUCUCUCCAUCACUCCCAGCAAUACUACCAGCAGAUCCACCAUGGGGAACCCACUGAUUUUAUCAACCUGCACAAUGCGCGGGCGCUCAAGUCCUCUUGCUUGGACGAGCAGAGGAGAGAGCUGGGGUGCUUAGAUGCUUACCGCCGCCACGACCUGUCUCUUAUGAGCCAUGGAUCCCAAUAUGGGAUGCAUCCAGAUCAAAGACUCCUGCCAGGACCAAGCCUCGGGCUUGCAGCCUCGGGAGCAGACGAUUUGCAGAGCUCAGUGGAGGCCCAGUGUGGACUUGUACUGAACGGGCAAGGAGGUGUGAUAAGAAGAGGUGGCACCUGUGUUGUUAACCCCACCGACCUGUUCUGCUCUGUUCCUGGUCGCUUAUCUCUCCUCAGCUCCACUUCCAAGUACAAAGUGACCAUUGCAGAGGUGAAGAGGCGCCUUUCACCACCAGAAUGCCUCAAUGCUUCCCUCUUAGGAGGUAUUUUGAGAAGAGCAAAAUCCAAGAAUGGAGGACGCUGCUUGCGAGAAAAAUUAGACAGACUGGGACUGAAUUUGCCUGCAGGAAGAAGAAAAGCAGCAAAUGUCACACUCUUGACUUCCUUGGUAGAAGGGGAAGCGUUACAUUUGGCCAGAGAUUUCGGCUACACCUGUGAAACAGAGUUCCCUGCCAAGGCGGUAGGAGAGCACAUUGCCAGACAGCACAUGGAACAGAAAGAGCAGACAGCGAGGAAAAAGAUGAUCCUAGCGACAAAACAAAUAUGUAAAGAAUUCCAAGACCUUCUAAGUCAAGACAGAUCACCCCUCGGAUCCUCUAGACCGACUCCAAUAUUAGACCUCGACAUCCAGAGACAUUUAACACAUUUCAGUUUGAUCACUCAUGGUUUUGGAACUCCUGCAAUAUGUGCUGCCCUAAGCACUUUCCAAACUGUUCUCAGUGAAAUGCUGAACUACUUGGAAAAGCACACAUCGCACAAAAACGGAGGAGCGGCGGAAUCCGGCCAAGGACACGCCAACUCGGAGAAAGCCCCCCUGCGGAAAACUUCAGAGGCUGCUGUGAAAGAGGGCAAAACAGAAAAGACAGACUAGCUACAUCAAACAGAAUCUAUUUCAAGAGAGUCUUGCUGCUGAUAUUUUUUUUAAAUAUAUAUAUCAUUGAGGGCGAUUUAUCUCCAGUGGACCAAAUCCAAAAAAAGGGGGAAAAAAGAAAAAAAAAGAAAAAAAAUCCAAAAAAGAAAAUAAAAAAGAGAAAGAUUAAAACAGAGAGAAAGAGAGAGCGAGAGAGGAAAGUAUUCAACCCUAAGAACAGCAGUGUACAGUAAUUGUGUGAUGAAAUUGUCACUUUUUUAAAAUUUAUGUUGCUCUAAACUACUUUUUCGUGCACGUAGUAUUUGAUUGUUCUGAAUGAUACACUAACACUGUUUUUUAUAAGCACUUCUGGACUUGGCUGAGGUGGCACAUGAAAUUUGAAGCACUUUCUUCUCCAGCAGCAGAGUUAGGGCCAGUGCAUCGGUUGUGGGACACGCAGUUCCCACAUCCUGACUUUGCUUGCAUGCUGGAUAGAUUGAAAGAAGGGCUUCCUCUGAUCCAUCGGAAAUGCCUGAUCUACUCACCAUUGGGAAAACAAUAUGGAAACCUGGCAAAAGAGGAAUUCUUGGGUCGUGGGACAAAUGAACCGUUUGGUGUUUGGGGGCUGCUCAUCCCCAUGUGGGAAUGUAUAAUAAAGCUGCACUGGAAUGAGGCCAGAACCUGUUGGGAAUCUGUCCUGACCAUUCAAGCAGCAACCGUGGUGUCUCUUGUGAAAAGAGCAUGGCAGACUAAAAUGAAAAAAAACCUUGAUAGUUUCAAAAAGAGCCCUGAUCCCUCUGUGAACUUCAGAUUAAAUGACAGCACGGGCUUCUGUCCUCUACCUUCUCAGCCCCUGGUCCCACAACACUGCAGUCUGCCAUACCUGGGUCUCUGUUCAACAGGAUCAAUGCAGGCAAUUGGAGUCACCUUUUGUGUUGCCUUGAUUUUAUGAUGCUUUUUUUUCUUCAACAGCUUGUUUCUGCAGCUUUUUGUCUUUAGCAAUCCAGCUGAGGUGCAGAGGUCUAACAGAAUCCACUCAGUUACCGAAAAUAAAAUAAAAUAAAAUAAAAUAAAAUAAAAUAAAACCAAACUGACAAGUAAGACAGAUUGGCUUGGUCCACAACAGCUAAGUGGUAAUAACCUUGCUAAUGUACUUUUGAAAUAUUACUUUACCACCUACCACACAUCCUUUCACAGAAAACAUAGGAGGCAUAGUUUGAGCUCAAGCCUCUUUGAGUCAAGAUUUUUUUUCCAGCCACAUUCUAACUUCUUCUUCAACAAGACUUUUAUUCCAUUCCUGUUCUUGUUUCUCUGACAUCACUUUAUUGAGAAAGUUAGGAAGGAUUGGUAUUACAGGGUGGGGUUAUGCUGGCCAUCUAAACUCCUUUUAAGAUCAUCAAAACCAGUCUUUUUCUUCCAAGGGACAAUUACUCUCUUUCUAUGGUAGGAAAUAAUAUAGUUGUCCAUGUGUAAAUGUUUAGAGCCAUUUGAGAUGUUUUAGGAUAUCUAAGACAGCCACAGAGUUUUGACAGAUGUGACAUGAAACCUAUAGGAGAACUGGACUCACCUGGAGGAGGAGCUGGAGGAUCCUAGAAGACAGCGCUAGAUAACUAUGGGUGGCCACCUGACUUGCACACCAAGUUCCUAGGACAGGUAGAAGGGAUCAUCUGGAAGUGCCUGUCAUUCUCCACAGAUAAUAGUUGGAAUGUAACAGUGGCAUUUUGCAUUGUACAUGGCUACAACUGGAUUAAUCACCCUCCUCUCCCCAUAAUCAGUGGCGAGAAAAAGGCACUUGUAGUAUGCAGUUUAUCUCACCUCAAAGUAACGAUGAAUCAUGCCCUGAAAGUGUGUACUUUUCUCAACUAGGUGUAAAGGAAGCCAAGAAUAGAAGCGCUCAUACACAUGUGUCUACAUCAUAGCUUUCUAGAACUAGUUAGCAUGCGUUAUAUCUUGGAUGACCAGCUUUAGACUAAACCUAGGGACUAUGACAAAUAUCUGACGGCAUUUACAGGCAUGGUGUAGGGAGUCAAACUGAAUUAAGAAGAUCAGCCUUGCCUUCUAAAUGUAUGGAAGGAAACAGAGCUCUUAUGCUGUGAUGCUCUUCCUCUUGAGGUCAGUAAGGACAUUGCCAUCAUGGUGAGAAAACACGCUAGGAAAUAAUGAGUCCCUAUUUCCUUGCAUAAGGAAAUCUAAAAAAGAAAAAAAAAAAUCCCAUGAUUUUGCCUAGAUUUGUCCUUGCUCACAGUAGGUAUAUAACUUAGAUACCUACUUUAGUGCUAUUUAAGCACCCUUUAUGCAUUGAGGAAAAUAGGUGUAUCUCCAUGGACUCCACCUCCUUAACACACUGAGAUCAGCUAAGUGCCUAACAGAACUUAAACUUUACUGAAUGAAUUUUUCACUCCAGGGCCUCUGGAGAAGUGCUAAAAUCAAAUGAAUGAUCCUCUGAGAUGUCUUCAACAGAAACAUUGUGGAACUGUUCUAGAACAUGAAAUACUUGAGUGUGAAAGUAGGUAACUAUGAUUAAAAGUGAAAAGGAAGCUCAUUCUGCUUUUUCUAUCGCCCAAACUGAGGGAGAUAAAAGGAGGGAGGGAGGGGGGAAUUAAAAGUUUGACUAUGUCAGACAUGCAGAUUUGCCACAUGAAAAGGUACUGUAAAGCAAUUUAAUUGUGGUCCUCUCCUUCAAGAUGUGGAUAAAUUUAAAUCAGGUUUUGAUGGAGGGAAAAAAGAGAAGAAAAAAGUUUUUUAAAUCCUUCUCAAUUUUCUUCAGUGAAAUAUCAGCCUUCUGUAGAAGGGGGAAUGACUGGCUGGGUAGAUUUUUCUGUGAAACUGUUGAGAAAGCAGCAUUUUAUUACAAUCAAAUUCAAAUGUUUGAUACUGGAAAUAAUAUGUAUACAGUAUUUUUUGAAAUAUUUACCUAUUCAGGAUAUGGUCCAAGGUCCCAACAAUAAUUUAUUUAAAGACUUGCAUCUUUCAUUGUUACAUAAUCACCACGAGCCUCUGCUCUGCAGGCAACAAAUUAUUUUUUACUUGAUUUUUGACCUUUGAUCUAUUAAUAUUAAUAAACCUGAGCACUCUUGAAGCCCCAGAACUUCCAGCUUUUGACUGACUAACCACUACAUAUUUUUGGUAAGGUUCAAUACAGAUCUAAUUCAACCUGAUGAAACUGCUAUAUAAUCUUACCAUUAAGAGGCUACCUGCAUUUACAUCCCAAACUUUCUGGUUUUUCCUGUAGUAUAUUAGCACAUUUUAAAAGCAAAAUUCUUUUUAAAAAGUAGCUGCAAGUUUGCUGGUAUUCACAGGCUCUCUGGUUUUUAUUUUUCAUUGUACUCAAUAAUUUUAUUGAGAGAAAAAAAUAAUUAUUACUGCCUUUUCUGCUGAACUAGCUAUCAGAGGAGUUUGGUGUCAAAAUGCCUUUGGUUUUUGAAAUUGGAACUUUCAGUGUGGUUUUAAGCAAUGAAUUCACUGAUGUUCCUGUUAAAAUCUCAGCCUAAGGUCUCAUCCACUUGUACCUGCACAAUGUUUCCAUGAUGUCUUUUUUUUAUUAUUCUCUUAGUCCUUGUCUCUAUGGAAAUGUUGCCAUCUCAAAACACAUUCAUGAAUUAGAUCAGCUGGAAGGAAGGGCAUGAUUCGAAGUUAGUGGGUGUUCACUGGUAGCAAAUUCAAGUAUAUUUGUACCUUUUUGACUUUGAAAUUAAUCUGAUCUGAAAAAAAAGUUCUUCCUUUGAGACAUCAUGGAAUUGUUUAUUCCAUUCAGGUCAAAAACAUCAAAGGAGCACAGAAAAUUGUCCAAACUUCCAUGGCCAGGGCAAUGAAUCAUUAUGAUUUUUGAAACCCUGCAAACAGAUUCACAGCUCAAGUGCUGUCUGAGCAUUUGGAUCCUGUUGUACUUCAGCCCAUUGCUGAGCUUUGUAUGCAUUACAACUUUCCCACCACCAAUCUCAAAACAUUUUAAGUCCCUGAUCUUACUUCUUAUACUAAGCCCUGAAACAUUUGAUUCGCAAAGACCAGCUGUUGAUACUUGGAUUUAUUAGCAAAUUACUCAUGAAGUAACCACACUGACUAACCACAUGCCUUUCUUUCUAGAGCAAGGUGUUACUCACUGUGAUACAAACAGCUCAUAUGUUGACUAAGCUUAGAAGGUAAGUCUCUGGCAGAGCUAGGAGUGACAUUCUCUCCUCCAACCUCUGCCCUAAGAUUUGGAUCUCUGUUCACACAGUCCUCCGUUAGUAUCAGUCCAUGGCAGAGAUGUGUAGUAAAGGGAGAGUUUUAUGCAGAUGAUGAGAACUGGAACAGCAUUUGUAUGGCCUGUAAAGGGGAGUGAACCACAGACAAGCAGUGAUGACCCUGCCACCUACAACUGAAGACUGUCAAGAAUUUUGUCCUUCAUGCUGCCAUCUUAAACCCUGAAUCCUUCUAGGUGUCAUUCUGUUGCCUUGGAGAACUGGCACAAGGGGUGAAUUUGGACCUUUAAUUUACUUCUUUUUUAAAGAUAAACUCCAACAUUCAUUGGGAAAAGACUUCAGCUCUCCAAAUCAACAAGGAAUCUGCUCUUUGAAGCUUCUCUUUAACUUUUCCUAAAAACAAAAAAAUCUGCUAUGAAGCAGGCACAAUGUAUAGUCCUUCCAAAUCCUGGACCUCUGUGUAAAUAUUCCCCCAGCUCAUCUCUUCCUUUGAAUGUGACUCAGUGGCACAGCUGCGGCUCACAAUUUUGCAGCAAGGCUGAAGAAGGGCUGCUUUAUUGUCCUAAGAGCCAAUUUCUCUAACUGCUUUUUUUUGUUUGUUUGUUUCCUAAUACCAACAAGCAGUUUUGGUCUGAGAUGUCUUAGGUAUCCAAAAGGGCUGCUGAUGAAUUCCAAGGUCAUUUGCCUUUCGUUUAUCCUUUGGAGAGAUAGUUCUGCUGCUCUAAUUCUUUACUUUUAAGGACAAGAAAAAACAGCAUUAAUAGAAGACACAAGCCUGCAACACAAGGAAGAAUCAAUAAACAUAAUUAUACAGGAACUGUAUUUAUACAAAUAUCCUCUGCCUCUGCCCUCAUUACAGGUCCAACAAGACUUCAAGUACAGCUGUGUGGGUAAUGGGGGAGGAAGAUGAAGUAAUUUUCCUUUGCCAGGUGAAAGUCAUUUGGAGAGGUCUGAUCUUUUUUUAUCGCUAUUCUUUACUUUUCUUUAUUUUGUACAAUUACUUCUGUUCUGUACAGCAGCUGUUGUGAUUGUAUUUAAAUGUGAGUGCGCACUUGGUCACCAACAAACAAUGUCCUACUUAUUGGUUUGGGGUUUUAGUUUGGUUUGGUUUUUUUUCCUUCCACUUAAUUUAACUUAAUUUAUAAUUCAGUGGUGAAAAACAUAAUCUUUUAUAUUUCUAUUUCCUAUACAAGCUACCUGUUUUACAUGAGUCUAUGAAGAUAAUGGCCACAUUUGAUCAAACAUUUCACGGCAAUAAAAUCUAUGUUGAUUUAA